AUUGUUUAGACACCCGCGUCGAUAAUUGAACACACAGCAAAAGUGAAAAUAAAACGGAAGUCUGUGAAAGCGCAUUCGAUCGAUCGAUUUGAAUCCUAUGCUGUUGCAAACAAUGGAUAAACCAUGUGAAUGAAGUGAAAUUGAGUGACAAUGAGUAAAGUGCUGCUAAAAUUGAUUUCAUUUGCUACCUCAUUGAUAUUCAUCGGUGUGAAAGCACGGGAAUUUAGCAUAGGUCCGUGUCAGUUCCAGUACUACGAACCGUGUAACUCGGACGCCAUAGAGUUCUACCUAUUCACCAGUGAUAGUCCAAAUGAUGCUCCAAUUCUGCUGGACAACAUUGACCCCAAAGUUCCGGGGCACAUAAAUCUUACCUAUAGGAAUAAGUUGAUAGUGCAUGGAUAUAAUGGAAACCUCGAUUUCAAUGCAACGAAAAUGAUACGAAAUGCCUACCUGAGACAAUCUCACACAAAUGUCUUCGUCGUCGAUUGGGGCAAGCUCUCCAAGCUGCCCUGCUAUCCGACGGCGGCUUUCAAUACCAAACAGGCUGGCGAGUGUACGGCGACGUUCUUAAUUGGUCUCAAGGCCAACCAUCCGGAGUUCAGCUGUCGGGAUCUACAUUCUAUCGGCUUCAGCUUGGGCGCACAUGUGCUCAGCUUCACCAGCAACGCACUGGAGAAAUCAAUUGGCGUAAAAUUCAGGCGAAUUACAGGUCUCGAUCCGGCGCUUCCCUUCUUUGCAACCGCCCGCCAACAGUGGAAACUGGAUCUCACCGAUGCUGAUUUUGUCGAUGUGAUACACACGAAUGCCGGCGUGUACGGCAAGAUUGAGACCUGCGGCCACGUGGAUUUCUACAUGAACGGGGGCCAAAACCAACCGAUGUGCGAGAAUGUUUCGAAUCAGCCACUGUGUAGCCACAUGAUGGCCCCCGCCUUUUUUGCCGAAUCGAUCUCCAGCAAAAUUGGCUUCUGGGCAACCAAGUGCACCAGCUAUUUCUCCUACUUUUUCGGCUUCUGCCGGUACAAAGCUGAUCAGCAACAACAAUCGUCGUGGUUCGACGACGGUCGAAGCCAGGAAAUCAACGACAACAGCUUGAUCGAUAGCAAUCGAAUAUUGAUGGGCGAGCACUGUUCGCAUACCGCUGAAGGAGUAUACUUCGUACCGACCAACAAGAAGCCACCGCAUGCCAUGGGAUAUUGAGAAGACUGAACAGCGCAUAGUUUCACAACUGCCACACGAAUCAGCCGGAUC